GUGUGAUGUUCGAGAAUAGUGUCUUUGAGAGGAAAGGCGGUGGAAUUCUUUGUAGGUUCGAUUGAUUUUUAACUUCCUUUUCUGACACGGCGUCAUCACAAAACACUGUUCCCUUCCGUUCCAUGGAAUAACAUAUCAGUUUUUGUUGAAAAGAAUCAGCGUGUGGGUAAACUUAUGGGGCAGUGACAGCGCGAUUGUUCACUUCGUGUGUGGACGUCAGUAAGGAGCCAGUCGCUUGGAUCUGGGAGAAAGUGGCAGACUACAUUACGCUCUUGCGAGGCAAUUAAGUUACUCACCAGUAAGUUUCGAUGGUUUACUAGCGAUGAGCCGCCCGUCCUCUACCGGACCAAGCGCGAGUAAAACCUGUAUCAAACAGCAGCACGUCCCGUCCGCGACGGCCCAGAUUUCAGUCUCCGUGCGACCCAGCGCCAGCCUCACCACAGCGGCCGCUGUCAUUCCUGGACCGGGUGCUGUGUCGCCACAGCACCACGAGCUCACCUCCCUGUUUGAGUGCCCGGUGUGUUUCGACUAUGUCCUUCCUCCAAUCCUACAGUGCCAAGCCGGGCACCUGGUUUGCAACCAAUGCAGGCAGAAACUGACAUGCUGCCCAACCUGCAGGGGAACGCUCACCCCUAGCAUCCGGAACCUGGCUAUGGAGAAGGUGGCAUCCGCCGUCCUAUUCCCCUGCAAGUAUGCCUCGACGGGCUGCAUCCUCACACUGCACCACAGCGAGAAGCCAGAGCACGAGGAGCAGUGCGAGUUCCGGCCGUACUCCUGCCCCUGCCCCGGGGCAUCCUGCAAGUGGCAGGGCUCACUGGACGCCGUCAUGCCCCACCUGGUGCACCAGCACAAGUCCAUCACCACGCUGCAGGGCGAGGACAUCGUCUUUCUGGCCACAGACAUCAACCUGCCGGGCGCAGUGGACUGGGUCAUGAUGCAGUCCUGCUUCGGGUUCCACUUCAUGCUGGUGCUGGAGAAGCAGGAGAAGUACGAGGGCCACCAGCAGUUCUUCGCCAUUGUGCUGCUCAUCGGCACGCGCAAGCAGGCCGAGAGCUUCGCCUACCGCCUGGAGCUCAACGGCCACCGACGCCGGCUCACCUGGGAGGCCACGCCCCGCUCCAUCCACGAGGGUGUGGCCACGGCCAUCAUGAACAGCGACUGCCUUGUGUUCGACGCAGCCAUUGCCCACCUGUUUGCUGAAAAUGGCAAUCUGGGCAUCAACGUCACCAUUUCUACCUGCUGCGCCUAAACAGUCUGUUUAUUUAAAUGGGAGCACAGAGGACCUGCAGAGAAAGAUGCUGUCAUAAUUUUUGUUUCAUAGUUCUGAAUCACUUGUUCUACCAAGUUUUGUACUGUGCAUUGUCAAAAAAUUUGACAUCA